ACUACAUUCCAUUCAUGCACUUAACCAACCACCCACAAAAUGACAAUUUUACCCUCCACCGAUCGCCGGAACCAGUUCAUCUUCCCAGCUGCGCUUGUGUCGCUUCUUUUUAUCGCGUCUCUGCGAAUUGUUCUUGAAAAUUUGAAAAACAGCCACCACAGCCGCUCGUUUUUUUGGCAGCCGGGUGGUGGAUAUCGGGUGGUGAGACGGCCUGUUCAUGUUUCUAACGACGAAGUCAUCGAAAAGGGGUGCAAUAUAUUUGAAGGGAAAUGGGUUUGGGACAAUGUGUCUCACCCACUCUACACAGAAGAAAGUUGUCCACUUUUGGUUAAGCAAGUGACUUGCCUGAAAAAUGGGAGGCCUGAUUCAUAUUAUCAGAACUGGAAAUGGCAACCUGAUGGGUGCAAUUUACCAAGGUUUAAUGCUUUGAAAUUGUUGGAAAUUUUGAGGGAUAAAAGACUCAUGUUUGUAGGGGACUCGGUACAAAGAGGCAUGUUUGACUCAAUGGUGUGUUUGGUCCAAUCUGUAAUUCCUGAGGGCAAGAAAUCUCUUAAAAGGGUACCUCCAAGAAAGAUUUUCAGAGCUGAGGAAUACAAUGCAUCUAUUGAGUACUACUGGGCUCCGUUCCUAGUCGAGUCUAUUUCGGAUCAUGCAACGAACCACACGGUAUUGAAACGGCUAGUCAGGCUAGACUCGAUAUCCAACCACAGCAAACAAUGGGAAGGAGUCGAUAUUUUGGUCUUUGAAAGUUACGUUUGGUGGAUGCAUAAACCAACGAUUAAUGCCACGUAUGGGAACCUCAAGAAUGUCCAGGAGUACAAUGUAACCAAAGCAUAUAGGAUAGCAAUGGAAACAUGGGCAAACUGGAUAGAAACCAGCAUCAAUACUCAUGAUCAGAAAGUGUUUUUCAUGACCAUGUCUCCAACACACUUGUGGAACUGGGAAUGGAAGACUGGAGAUGGUGGCAACUGUUUCGGCGAGUCACAACCUAUACAAGGACCGUAUUGGGGCACUGGUUCAAAUCUUGAUAUUAUGGGAAUCGUUAAAGAUGUUUUGGGACGGUUGCGAGUUAAUGUUAGAGUACUAAACAUUACUCAACUGUCGGAAUACAGAAAAGAUGGUCACGCGUCUAUUUAUGGUGAAAGGAAAGGGAAACUGUUGACAAAAGAACAAAGAUCGGAUCCGAAAAACUUUGCUGAUUGCAUUCAUUGGUGUUUACCCGGAGUCCCUGACACGUGGAAUGAGAUCUUGUAUGCGGUUUUGUUGCAGGAUUAUCGAAAAUUUUGAUAUCGUAGAUGGAACACAGCAAUGUUGAUUGAUUUGCAAGAGUUUUGUAAUGUUAAGCUGAUUCUUUGAGGAAAUAGUUAUAGUAUAAAUGAAAAGAACACAAUACCUGUGAAGCGAUGUUCGAAGUGUACUCAAUAUACAAUCGACACGAUUAUAACCAAACAUAUGUUACGAAA